AUGAAGAAAGAGGCUUCUCUGUUGGAGUUACCAGAACCCAUCUUGGAUAACAUUCUUGAGAGACUUUCACCAAGUGAACUAUGUAGCAUGUCCGAGGUGUGCACUUGUUUGAUGCGCAGAUGCAGGAGUAAUGAAAUGUGGGAGAAACACGUACAACGUAGGUGGGGAAGACUACUUGGUGAUGUGGCUUACAGAGAGUGGCAAUUUCAUACGAUGAGGAUAAUGAAUAAAGAAAGCCCCUCGCUACAAACUAAUCCAAAUGGAUUAUUAGGAUCAUUUACUGGUGCUUGGCCUUCUUUAUGCCUUUGUUCGUAUUUGGAAAAUCCUGGAAACUUGACUAGUUUAUUACUAUCGACUUAUUCCAACAUGGCUCUGUAUAUUUCUCUUCAGAGUGGUCGAUUUUGGUUCCCUGCUCAAGUGUACAGGAUGACACCGCUUCCAAGGCGAUAUAAUGCACUGCUCAGCUAUGAUCAUAUUUCAAACACCUUUCAAGCAAGGUGUCCAACAGACGAGUGGCGACUGAUUGAGAAAAAUAUAACAUGGGAUCUGCUGAGAUUAUUGCCCCCAAUUGACGCUUCUCCAUAUACUCUUUACAUGUCCAAUAAUAAUGAUCUGAAACCCGGUGAUCAUGUUGAGGUCCAGAUGAGAAAAGGCAGCCGAAUUUAUGAUUGGUACUAUGGUGUUAUUGGUCACUUGGAAUCAUGUGAUGAAGAUAGGAAUGAUCAUUGCAGUUGCCAACAUAGCGAAACUUUGGUGGUGGUGUUCAAACUACAACUUGGAGAUCACUCACGAUCGAAAUCAAUAUUAAUGAACAGACAGAUGAAUGGGGAACAAAAAGCUAGACUGUGGAGAUAUGGAGGAAUUAGAAAACUGGAAAGCUUGGAGGAUAUUCGAAGCUGGAAUACCGAAUAUCCUAUGCAGUUCAAAUCUUAGGCUUGCCCUUUUAUUUAAUUUAUAGUAUCGUUGAGAAUAUAGUUUAAAGCUUAACCGUUUUAU